AUGAUGGAGAGUUUUCCAAUCGUCGCCGUCGAUACGGAGUUUCCGGGUUUCUUGCAUAACACCCCACGAGCAGCCUCUGAAUCUGAACGGUAUGAUGAUCUGAAAUACAAUGUGGAUAGGAUGAAGAUUAUACGGCUGGGUAUAACAUUGUUUGAUCGGUUUGGGGUAGUAGGGGGUGUUUGGCAGAUUAACUUCUGCAACUUUGAUCCUGAUUUGGAUGAUCAUAACAAACGAGAUGGGGUAGAUGUGUACACGUUUGCUGACAAGUUUUGUGAGAUCUUGGUGAGGUAUGGUAGAGAUAGGGUUCGGUGGGUGACAUUCCACGGACUCUACGAUCUAGCUUACAUGUUGAAGAUUGUGAUUCGUGAUGAAUUGCCAAGUUCGAUUAUGGGGUAUGUUGAACACAUUGGCCAUGUCUUUGGUCAUGUGUAUGAUGUCAAGUUUAUGGCAAAAUAUUGCCACGGGUUGUUGGAUGGUGAACUAGGGCUGGAAAAGCUCGCCAAACUAUUAAAUGUGGAGCGAUUUGGGGAAGCACAUCAGGCUGGUUCGGAUAGUUUAUUGACUGCUGCUACGUUCUCCAAGAUGAAGGGUGUCUAUGGGCUACCAGAGAGGAUGUUUGAAGGAUUCUUGUAUGGGAUCAGUGCUAGGAUCAAGAGGCCUCGUCCAAUGAUUGCAUUUUUGCCACAGCCGCCUCAGCCAAUUUUGUUGGGAUAA